UGUGACAUGGUAAUCACGACAUCAGUGUUUUCCUGUGGAGACAGGGCCUUAACGAGAAGUGAAAAAUAUUUUCACCAAUUCACCACAUUAGCGAUUCUCGUUUUGCGUUAAAGUGCCAACAGCUGAUCGAAUUGAAGUGAAGUGAAAACCAAAUUAACGCCGAAAAAAUGCCGCGUUAAACGCAAUUGCAAGCAAAAUAAAUUGAAAAUGGAAAAAGAAAUUCAACGUCGUGCAAAAAGAGCAAGUGAAGUCCAAAAGGAGCACCUCAUUAAUUAUUUAGAAAAUAAUCCUGACCUAGCCAACGAUAAGUAAUUUUUAUACUUUUGCCGUUUUAACAUUGCUUAUAGAUUGUGCGUUUUCAUAGAUUUAUAGGGGUAGACGGAGCUAAAACCCAACAUAAGAAGUGGGAGGAAUUGGCGCAGACACUUAAUGGACUGGGAGCAGCACAAAAAUGUGGAAAAAAGUGGAGAAAAUUUUGGACCGACUUGAGGUAAAAAUUAUUCAUACCAAUUACGGCAUCCGACACAUCUAUUCCGAUCCCUACGGUCAUAACAAUCUCAUGUGAAGGAAUCCGUCGGAUAAUACAUGCCAUUCACACGAAUUUAAUCCUUCACAUUCGAUUGUUAUGACCGUAGAGAUCGGAAUAGAUGAGUCGGAUGCCUAGGUGGCAAAUGCAAGAGCAUAUGCCAAGGUGGCAUGAAUACCGUAAUUGGCAUGAAUGUUUUUAAUGAAAAUAACAACGUCAAACAUUUUCCUAAAUUUGUUAAUAGGCUCUCCACCAAAUCAAAAUAUAGUUCAAUAAAGCAGCAGCAAGAAAGGAGUGGCGUAAAUGGUAUAAUAAGCUAAAGGAAAUGACAGAGUUUCAAAAGAGAAUUAUAAAUUUAAUCUCAAAGGAAGCAGUGGAUGGAGACUAUUAUCCUGAACUUGGAUUUGACAAAAUUGAAGAGGAUUGCUUUAUAGAUCGGAGCCCUCCGUUGUUUGAAGAAGUUAUUGAAGUGGAUACUACACAAUUUAUUCCGGAGAGUCCGACGGACGCAUAUCAAAACGAUGCAAUGCCCUCCACUCUGAAUAGCAAAACGCCAAAGGUACUUCAGAAAACUAAGAAGCGCCAGACAAGAGACAAGUUGUUUGCUGAUGACGUAAUAGAUUAUGACGAUUUUACCCACAACGAGAAAAAAAGAGCAGGCGCUAGAGGAAUUAGUAAGCUUGAAGAAAGAUGAUAUCGGCUAAAAUUUAUUCGACCACUGUACAUGAUCAAUCCAUAUUGACCCAGGGUGAAGGAGUUUUAAAAAUAUUGGAUCAUGCUGCUAUUUUUAUUGUUCGACGAAAUGGCUUGAUGGGUUUAUCUAAAAUUGUGCACUGUAUUCUAGAACCUUACCGAUACCCUUGACUAUUCAAUUUCGAUUCAAACAAAAAAAUUACCAACCAAGCCUAAUGUGUGACCUGCUUUAAUUUACAUUAAAGUUUCAAAUAUAAAAGAAA